ACGUCGGUCUGACUAGGUAUAUACAAAGUUACAGAGAGGUUUUGUACAGCUACUCACAGCACUCAGCAAUACGUUACCUAGUCGGAUAUAGUGCGAUGUUGUUCUGUUCUUCACCAGGCAUAAACUUUAAUGACGGUCCGGCGUAAAACACGGUUAUAAUUGUAUAAAAGGAUACAAAUUCUAGAGUUGAUGCGGAAACUAAAAUUAUUUUGGAGUGAAUGUGAGCUGCUUUCACACAUGUAGUUUUGUUUUCAUCUACUGAAACGUAUUUCUGGAAUGUGCAUUCUUUAGAUUGUGUGUAAUUGUCUGAAACCCUAGAUAUAAAAUGUAAAGUGCUAUUGUCUAAUGGAGCAAUUAUAUCCAUAGGAAAGGGGUGUGUUCGAUUGGGAGAAUCUUGACAUUAAAUCUUCGUAAGAAGCGCAGGACAACAAACUCAAAAUCAAUUUCAGUUCCGUUGAUGUUACGUAAGUACUUACAUGUGUUUCUCGUUACUACCAAUCACAUAUUUGGUAAAUAAAAAUUCGUCCCUCUUGGAUUUGUUGAAAUUUAAUGUUGUUGAAGGAUACUAGUGGAUUACUUUUCGAAUUUCUGCUGUGAGUUAUAAAAAGGAGCCUUAUGAUCUGCACUAUUAGUAUUUGCUUUGAGUAUAUGGCUAACAUUUUAUCCCGUAGUGAGGGAGAAAUUACAAACUGACAAUAUUUUUUAAAUCAUGUUUAACUUGUGAUAAAAAGUUGUGGAGAACGAAUUGGAUCCUAAAGAGUAUCCCUCUGGAUUUUAUUUCUAAUCAGUGUAGCUGUUACAUAGGUGGGUAUAUCACUUUUGCUGCAUGAAGGGAAACGCAGUUGUGGCCAUGACAUGAGGAAGGUUUACCCUCGAGGCCCUCUGAGUUAUUUCAGAAGAAGUAAAUUCUGCUCAAUAGUUUUCACCAUAAGCUUCAUAUUUUUAUGUUUUGUAUUUAUCAUAUAUGAAAAUGGCAAUGUCGUGGAUAUACCAUCUUAUGACAGUCCAGCAGAUCGAGAAGCAUUCAAUCAACUUGAUCAAAAUUAUAGAAAGCUACCCACAGAGCUAAAUGCCUUGGAUUUCUUCGGUUCGCGUCGACAUAACAGAAAUCUACAACAUUUAUAUUCUAAGGAUUUAUUUGAUGAAAAGCGAAAUAACGAUUUAACUACCAUGAUUUAUAAAAGGGGAAGGAACAAGAUGAAAAGCGAGGGGAAAAAUGCCUCCAAAUCGAGACAACGUGGAGUUUUUAAUGUGCCAAAGAAAACAAUUGGAGAGAAGGUUGGAGACACGCCCUCCAGUCAGGAGGUAACUGAUUACUACAACUUCGAUGGCUAUCGAACUACAAGUAGUGAUGAAAGUGUGGAGUCCGAACGGCUUGGCGGGCCAAGUAAGAAAUUACCGAAAGCAAUUAUCAUCGGAGUGAAGAAAUGUGGUACGAGAGCCUUACUAGAAUUUUUAAGGAUUCAUCCGGAGGUCAAGGGCACCGGUCCUGAACCCCAUUUCUUUGACCGUUACUACGACUAUGGGUUGGAUUGGUACAGGGACCUGAUGCCCAAAACAAACGACAAGCAGAUGACUAUUGAAAAGACACCUCGAUACUUUGUGACGAAGGAAGUCCCUAAAAGAGUCUUCAAUAUGUCACGUGAUGUGAAACUUGUUCUCAUUGUGCGUGAUCCUGUUACCCGAGCUAUUUCAGACUACACACAAGUAGCCAGCAAACGUGCUUCCAUGAAACCCUUUGAACAGAUGGCAUUGUCGGAUAAUAACACAGGCCUAGUAGAUACAUCAUGGUCCAUCAUCAAAACCGGCAUCUAUGCAAAACAUUUAGAAGAGUGGCUACGAUAUUUCCCUCUUGAGCAGUUUCAUUUUGUGAAUGGAGAGAAUAUGGUCAAACGUCCAAGCGAGGAGAUGUUAAAACUUCAGGAUUUUCUUGGGCUGAGGAGAUAUAUCAAUGACAGUCAUUUUUACAUGAAUGACACUCGAGGAUUUCCUUGUAUACAUAAGAUAGGAAGUAAAUAUCCACAUUGUUUGGUUGGAACUAAAGGCAGGAAACAUCCACACGUGAAUUCAAACGUAAUAAAGCGAUUACAGGACUUCUACAGACCGUUCAACAAGAAAUUUUACCAAAUGACCAACAUCGACUUUGGAUGGCCAUGAUUGGUCAAUUAUUUCGACAACCAUAAUUGCUUUCAUAAAGUAUUCAUAAAUGUUUUGAUAGAUUUUGGUAAUGGCGGAUGAAAAAUGGCACAUGCUUUGUCCUCCUAUAUCGAUCAUGUACAAAAUUACCCCCAAUUCGGAGUGAAUUUCACCGAAAGCAAGUAAUUAGCUUUUGACACGGCUAAAGGUCGAGAACGAAAUGUGCCAAUAUUGAACUGUACAGUAAUGUAAAUUAUGUAAGUAAUGGAGAAUAACAUACAUCAGUUCUACUUGGGUAAAGUAGGACAAAUUAAGUGUCAAGUUUUACAACUGAAUAUUUAUGAAGUUUUUUAUUCUUAUUUAAGAUUACAUAAUCUAGUUUUUUAAUCAUUGGGAGACGCGCAUACUAAUAUGCUAUAACGCUGACGUGUCAACGUGGUAUCAUCUUUCAUUGGAUCGUAUUAUAUCUAACAAAUACGUUUGUGUCUGUAUACGUUGAUCAUUUCCCCAUGUUGAGCUGGCUUUUUUGUUGAAGUAAAAUAUUUUAAUGACAAAUUUUAAA